GGAUCGCUAGCGACAGAAAAUAUUCCGGUCCCUUUAAGAAACGAAAUUAAAGCAACCAACCUUUUAGUUAGAAAGUCACAAGCCACAUCCAAUGAGUGAAAAGUAUUUCGAAUUUCUUAGCCUUCUCAGAAUGCCACGCCUUUUAUUUAAGGAAAGUUAGUUGGAUGCAGAUACUGACGCUAACAUUGCUUUAAGAAUUGUAUCAUCGUGGUCGUGGAGAAAGAAGGAAUACGAUUGGUAACUAAGGUUCUUGAAUGUAAACAUUGCAUUACUUUUUACUAUGCCAACUCAUCAGUUUCGUUACUUAAAAUUAUUCUUCAUUCUAAUAUUGGUCAUAUGUCUAAGUUUUGAUUUAGUAACAUGUUUUGGUGAAGUUAUAUAUGCAAUUAAUGCCGGCGGGGAUGCGCAUGUUGAUAUGAAUGGAAUUCAUUAUCGAAGAGACCCACUACAUGGCAGAAUAGGAACUGCUUCUGAUUAUGGAAAACAGUUGAUCAUUUCCAGAGUACCAAGAACAGAUCAAAUUCUUUACCAAACAGAGCGGUAUCAUCACGCAACUUUUGGUUACGAGAUACCGGUUAAUAGGGAUGGAAAUUAUGUUCUUGUGUUGAAAUUUUGUGAAGUCUACUUUUCAUCCCCUGGUAUGAAGGUCUUUGAUGUUUCUUUAAAUGGGGUCCAUACCGUGAUUUCUGAUUUAGAUAUAUUUGCCAGAGUUGGAAAGGGUGUUGCUCAUGAUGAAUACAUUCCAUUCACUAUAAGUGGAAAUAAAUUGAUUAUUAAUGAAGAGGAAUCAGACCAUGAUGGAAAAAUCAGAGUUGAAUUUAUAAAAGGCUACAGAGAUAACCCAAAGAUCAAUGCCAUUUAUGUGGUGCGGGGAACCUUAGCAGAUGUUCCCCAGUUACCAUCUUUAAUCCCAGAGGAAAAGGAAGAGGAAGAGGAGGAAGAAGCAGCAACAACAAGUCAAGACAAAAAAUCUUCUCCUGUUCGCCACCCAUCUGGGCCACGCAUUCCCAAUCCAUAUGAAGCAGAAGAUUCGGGCACUAUGCUCCCUAUCUUUAUCGCCAUCGGUGCCUUUCUGCCACUGCUCUUCUGUCUAUGCAGACUGUGAGAUAGGUGGGAGAGGGGACCUUGACUGGGAAAAGACGCACAUUCGAUUCCUUUUCCGAUUUUGACUGAUCCCCCCCCCCCCCCGAAGGAUAAUUGAACUUCAGGUGGAGUUUCUAUUGUAAUUUUAAGUACAAAAAUAUUUUUGUAAAACUAUAGAAAUCAGAAUUGAUGCUUUAUUUGGCAAUUGUAUAUUAUUAAUUAUUAUUAUUAUUAUUUUUUAAUUAAACUCUACUUGCAUAUAUACCAAAUGGAUAGGAUUCACAUGAGUUCUAGAAAUGGAAUUGAGAUAUGGGGAUAAUGUAUUAAGGUUCUUUUAUGUUAUUGCAAUCAUACACCAUGCCAUGAAUAAAUUACCAAAUUCAAUUUCAUUCUCUAAUAAAUUCUCGGGGCGGGGGAAGCGCCAAACCUAGUCAAUAUAGUUGUGAAGACACACAGGUACAUUUUAUAUUUUAUUUUGCUCUUACAUAUGAUCAUAAAAUAUCAGAAAGUUUCAAGAUUAAUUAUAUAACAUGCCGACCAAUAGCAACACCAACAUUUUCAAAUGAGUGUUUCUUGAAACACCAUAAUAUGUGCAUGGAUAGCGAAUACCGGAAGUGAAAUUAUGUGUGAAAUUCAGGAAAUUUGCCACAGAGACAUUAAACAUAAUGCAGCAAGCUUCUUAUGAGCAGUGCAUGCUUGAGAGAAUGGGAUGUGAUGAGGAAAAAAAGCGUAAAAAGUGUUUCACUUCCAACAUUCUUGUAGUGGCAAGAAUGCUGUAUUAUGGAUUCUAGGAAAUUAUUUUAAAAGUGCCCAAUGUGUAGUUUCUUGACAACAGAACUGGUCUUGAUAUUUCUUUAUUGGAUAUGUGAUAUAUGAAAUAUUCUGCUUAUUAAUCAAAGACUUAAUUGCAAUAGUUAUUAUUAUUUUAUUUUUUUUAUUCUCAUUACAUAUUUAGUUAUUCAAAAAUUUAUAGAAUGUGAAAAUAUUGCUAAGCUUUCCUCAAAUCCUCUUUUAGUUAAGUCUGCUUUAAUUCCAUUCAUUACCUAUCAAAAGCUAUAGAAUAGAUACAUUAUAUAUGAGAGUUUCAGACAUUUUGUACCGUACUAUAAGGAGCUGGAUUUUCGGAUAGACAACAUUAGGAACUGGUUCUCACAAUUUUGAGUCCUUCCAAAUGCUGUAAUUUCUUCAAAAAUCUGUUUUUUUGCUUUUAUUCCUUUCAUUAUACAGAAAUGUCUUGAGUAAAUAUAUUGUGAAAUAGAAAUAUGAAACUCUUUGUACAAUAAUGUUGGUCACUAAUUAAGUUAAAAAUUACUUUUAGAUACCCAAGGUAUUUUUUAUACCCAAAGUAUUGAGACUAAAUGUGUUGAAGGUGAGCUACGAUUUCAAAUUUUGUUGUUUCAGUUUGUUUUAAUAUUUAUUACAUUGAGAUUAAAUUAAAAUCAGGAAAAUGUGUCUGAUUUUGAAAGUUGGGAGAAAUGAGUCUUGCCUAAUUUAAGGUGACUCUUUACAUUAUGCAAUUUAUACCCGAAUACUUUUAUAUUUACAACUGGCAUUUUAUGAAUUUUUAAUUGAAUAUAUUAUUUUUGAAUUUUCAAAAAAUACCAUUGCCUCCCAUUUGACAUUCAUACUAUAUCUGAUGCAUGUUGCCCUUGAUAAUAUAAUUUGGUUAGACUUAAGGACACGGUUUGGCUACCUAACUUGAGUUUCAAACUAUAAUUUGCCAAACUUGGUAAAUUUGGAGAUAUGACACGAUUAAGAGCUAAUGAUUGGAGAACUUGCUGACUCUUCGUACCGUGUUUUUACGUUUACGAUAAAUUUUACAGUUCGUAAAAAUAAUGAAUUAUUGUUUUAGUAAACUAAUUUACAUAUAAAGAAAUAAAUUUAAGUAUACGUGAGUCAAGAUAUGAUAUACUCGGAUUUGGAAUUCAUCACAAAUUUUCUGUAUACAUUCCUUUUGUUGUUCGAUGUGCGAUUUCUGUCUAGUCUUCUAUGGCAAAUCGCGUGCAGGCAAUUGCUGUGUUGGACCCCCCCCCCUUCCACCAUAGUUAGAAAGGGCUUUAACAAUUCCACUGUGGAAUUUCUUUGGUGCUGGCAAAUCCAAUUUUUCGUUUUGUUCCUCCAGUUUCUUACCACGAUUAAAACACUGAUCUAUCUAUGCGAUUUUUUUAAGAUACUGGAGAUGCAGAGCAAGUAUAUCGGCAACGGAAGACUUCCCAUCCAAAUUUUGUUGGUAGGUCCAACAUCUACUUGACGGUAAGUGGCGUUAUUUUAGGGCGAAACUAUUUUGAGAUCUAAACUUGUUUUUGAUGGCUUGCUUAAACCUCAGCAAAAUCUUGCAGUAUUUUCUUUGUCGGCAAAGAAACUGAUGUCACUAUUUUGGCAGUUUUUUGACGUGGGAAGCAAGGACCUACUUGCUCCACCGGUAACAAACAUUUGAUAAGUAGAGGUUUUUCGAUGAAAAAGAAUUUUCUCUGGUUUUCAAGCAGUCAUAUUUUGGAUAUAGGAACUGGGGCGCUGUUUCUCUAUGCUCUAUUGACAAGCGCAUUAAUCCUCUACAAUGAAAAACAAUCCACCGUAGAAAUUUUUUUUCUUUUCAUUAAAGCAUACCCUUUAUUAACCACUUGCGCUGGAAAAGACGCACGUCGAAGCGCUUUUGCCACUCACUCUCCAUUGGCAUCGCAGGCAAUUAUCAGAGAAGUAAAAAUGAUGUUCGCAAUCCGUCGAUCGAGAUUGUUUGCUGGAGCACAGUUUUAGGUCGAAAAUUAAUUCAUUUAGAAGAAAUUAAAAAAAAAAUCCGAUUUCUAUAAAGCUGUUGGAUACUUUGUGUGACUUCGCUGCAACUCGCAGCGAGGUCAUAUAAAGCAGAGGUUCUGUAUUCGUAUGAGUAAUCUGUGAACUAUUUCCAGCGCAAGUGAUUGUCUGCAUUCAUGUGUGUACCUUUUUAACGAAUUACAUUUUCUGUACUCUUGCGAAAUUAAGUCAUUCAUUGUACUUAAUAUGCUAAAGUAAGCAAUAAUUCAUUUAAAAAAAAAGUUCUUUUUUAUUUCCUUCAUUGAGUUAUUUUUAAAUGAUGUCUUUCAAAUAUUUUAUGUCUUUCAAAAUGAACUGUAUUAACUAACUAGAAACUGUUUGAUGACACUUUGUGAUGAAAAGUAAACUUAUAAAAAUAAUGGAUGUAACGAAAAUUGUUUAUAAAAAGAAUCUAGUCAAUUCUAAUGUCGAAACUUUUUGUAUGUUGAGUUCCAAUAAAAUAUCUUUUGGUAAUUU